AUUGGACGCCUGCGCGCAUUAACAUAUUUCAAAACACACACAAAAUUCAAACACGGCAAUGUUCGAAAACGAAAGCGGGUAUUCAAAAGUGUAACAAAAAAGAAAUUCAAAAUUCAUUUUUAAAAAAUACCAAAAAUACCAAAAAAAAAAGACAAAGAAAAAUGGAUACCACCCACCCAAAUGCAGCCACUGAAAAUGAGGAAAAACUUAGCUAUUUUCAAAAAGUCUGGCGUUAUCGCCGUUAUCUGGUCAUUGAGCCAUUUUUCUUCUUCUAUGUGAUGGCCAGUGUUUUCAAUAUCAUUGCCAUGUUGAGUUUUCCGCUCGAGAAGGCGUGUAGCGUGAAUUUGGGCUAUAGCCGUGAAGUGUGUUCUACGACAUUGGAUAAAUCGGUCUACGACAUCAAUUGUGAUGCCUUUAAUUUUGAAAACGUAACGGACUAUAGUGCCACCGAAGCGGAGAAAGUGGCAACGGAUAUAUCGCCGGGUUUCAAUUUCACCGUGUGUAAAGCCGAAGUGGGGGCACAAAAACUGGCCGCCAAUGUUUCGGGCAAGAGGGCGCCCAUAGCUGCCAUUUUCCCCCUGAUUGUCAUGCUCUUUGCUGGCGGCUGGAGUGAUCGUUACAAUAAACGCAAGGCUUGUAUGGUUUUUCCGCUGAUCGGUGAAAGUCUUAUGUUUUUGUGUUUGCUGGUAUCGGCGAUAUUUUUUGACAAAAUCCCCAUGGAAUUUGGAGCAUACAGCGAAGCUAUUGUGCCGGCCUUGUUUGGUGGCAAUACAUUGUGUUUGAUGGCCAUUGACAGUUAUAUAACAAUAUCAACGCCAGAACCCGAUCGGGUAUUUAGAUUUGGGAUUUUUGGCAUGUUUGCGAACAUGUUGCCAUUUAUAGGCCAACCCAUUAGUGGGGUACUCUUUAACUUCCUGGGAUAUCGGUGGUCCUUCACCAUGGCAUUCUCGUUCAAUAUCAUUGCCCUGUUGUAUGUGAUUUUUAUUAUCAAGGAAUUGAAACCAUCAACGAUGACGAACGAUGAUGCCAACGGCAAAGCUGUUACGGCGGGUGGCACUGAAAAUCCCGCCUAUGAAGUUACCCAACUGGAAGAUUUACCCACGGCGCCACGUCCGAGCAAUGGAACCGGUACUGAUACCGUUGAUGCAACAGCAAGUCACGAAAAGCGAAAUGUUUUCAAAGACUUUUUCGAUCCCUCCUUGGUUGUUGACUAUGUCAAGUUUCCUCUGAAAAAACGACCCAAUCGGGGUCGCAUGCUGCUUAUAUUCCUAAUCAUGGCCUAUAUGUUUACCGUGGGUCCAUCGUUGGGUGAAAAUGAUUUUUGGAACCGUUUUGCAUUUAAAAAAUUGAAUUGGAAUGGCAAUGACUACAGUGUUUAUUCGACAUUUAUAGCGGCCCUGGCCUUGGCCGGUACCUUCUUUGGCACAGCCAUAUUGAGUAAAUUACUCAAGCUUUCCGAUGCCCUGGUGGGCUUUGUAUCAUCCGUGACAACAGCACUAUCGAGAGUGUUAUUUGCCUUUGCAAGUGAUACCGCCACUUUUUAUGCCGGUGGUGUGGCUGACAGUUUUGUGUCAUUGAGAGCUAUUGCCAUUAAGACAAUUGGCUCUAGUAUUGUGGAUGAGGAGGAGCUUAGUAAAAUGUUCUCAAUAUUCAGUAUUUGCCAGCCAUUGGCCCAGCUGAUUUUCGUGCCCAUCUACAGUGACAUCUAUGAGAAGACCGUCGACUCCUUUCCGGGGGCAAUUUUCCUGUUCAGUGAAGUGUUUGCGAUACCCAACAUUAUUGUCUUUAUUAUUUGUUACAUUGUGGUCAGACGCCGUAAAUCUCAAAUGAAAGCCGAUGGGGCAGCGAAAACUGAAAAUGGCCAUAACCAAACUGCCAGAAAUGGCAACACUGCCAUAGCGAAUGGAGAUUCCGAAAUAACUAGUCUAUGAGAGAAAAAAAUGUGUGUAGAGAGUAAUUGAAUUGCAUAUAUUUUUGUAAAUGUUUUAUAUUUUUUUAUGUAUAUUUUUUUGAAUAUUAAAUAAAUUUUAUUUACAUUUUUU